AUGAGAAUGAGGGUCUUGCAAUUGUGUCCUUCCAUGGCUUCCACAUGCAGAGCUCCACUGCAGGCAGAAUUGGGAAAGUUCUGGUUUUUGAGAAACAGAAGUAGUCGGAAUAUUUUGCAGGUCAAGUGCUCUGGCAGACCCCAGAGAGCCCCCCCUGGAGUUGACACCAGAAUCCAUUGGGUAAACGAGGAUGAAGGUUGGAUUGGAGGCGGAGACAGAGAAAGAGAUUCCAAAGCCAGUAUGCUUGGUCAUGGUGAUGACUUGGCAGAUUUGCUCCUCACCUCUUCUUUGGGUUCUCAUUACGAAUUCUUAGGAGUUUCACCGGAUGCAGAUUUAGAAGAAAUUAAAGUUGCUUACAGGAAACUCUCGAAGGAGUAUCAUCCGGACACAACUUCCCUCCCUCUCAAAAGUGCCUCUGAAAAAUUCAUGAAACUGAGAGAGGUUUACAACGUUCUUAGCAACGAAGAGAGUCGAAAAUUUUAUGAUUGGAGCCUUGCUCAAGAGGCUGCAAGUCGGCACGAAGAGAAGAUGAAAAUGAAAUUGGAGGAUCCUCGCGAGCAAGAAAUCCGGAACUGGGUGCCCGUUCCUGACAUGGUCGACCGCCUUGGUGGAAGGAACAUGAAGCUUAGUGAUCAGGCAGUCUCUGCCCUCACCAUUGAUGUUUUUAUCAUUAUUUUUUCCAUAUGUUGCAUCAUCUAUGUUAUUUUCUUUCUAGAACCAUAUUACUACUAG